AUGGACACAGCGCGACUGAUGCCUAAUCUGUACGGCUACAACAGUGCCAUCGUUGCAUGUGCACAGCACACCACCUGGUCUCUUGCGCUUGACAUUCUCAACCAGCUCGUCCCACAGAAAGUUUUGCCCGAUGUCGUCAGCUACAGCAGCUUCAUCAGUUCAUGCAGCGCAGUCAGACACUGGAAAGAUGCUUUGCGUACAAUGGAAGUGAUGACACAGGCUUUUGUGGCUCCCAACCGCUUUUCAUACAGUGGAGUUAUGAGAUGCUGUGAAGGGGCGCGCACCUGGCAGUUUGCAUUAUAUUUCCUUUGGGCAAUGACAGGGUCUGCCCUUGAUCCAGACGUGGUUUGCUUCACGAGCGCAAUAAAAGCCUGUGAAAAGGCAGAGCAGUGGUCCACAGCGCUCGGUUUGAUGGAGCAUAUGCUAGAUCGGGCCAUAUCCCCAAACGAAUUCACAUGCAGCAGCCUCGUCAGUGCUUGUGAGAAAGCAUCGCAGCGGCACAGUGCGGUUUCUGUGUACGAGGUGAUGGUGGCCAAAUUUGUAAAUGCUGAUCUUGUGGCCUGCAGCGCCACCAUCACUUCUUGUGCACGAAUCACGGACUGGCCUUUGGCACUGGCAUUGUUCUCCGAAAUGGCAGAGAAAGAUAUCAAGCCGAACGAGUACACAUACUCUGGUGCAGCCGAUGCUUGUGAGAAAGGCUGCAAAUGGAAGUUGAUGCCAGAGUUGCUGGAGAUGCUCGGCCAUCGAAGCGGGCUGCACAUUGGACCUCUUGGCGCCUCGGCGAGACUGGCAAAGCCGUUGCAAAGUGGUCGCUGGAAGGGACACAAGCGGGGACAGAGCGGGGACAUGAAGACCAUCAACGUCCGCCAUGUCAUCAGCUCGGUCAAGCUGCGCACGAUGGAGGUCGUGUAUCCCAACAACUGGUGUGCACGUGACUUUCGUGCUGGGGCUGCCGAGGCCUACAAGCAAGUUAACUGCCUCCUGGAUCAGGGAGACUUUGUUUCGUUACGACGGGUGAUGGCAGAUGACCUGGUGGAGGACUUGCGCAAGACCCAUGCCCAGUUGUCGAAAGGCCUCGACUACGAGCUGAAGGAAGUUUUCCAGCUGGGCAUUUUCCACGCCAUGGUCAAGGCCGAGGAGUUCGGGACCGAGUCAGUGUGUGUCACACCGCUUCUGCGUGUCACGGAGAAGUAUACUUUGCAGAAGGAUCCGAGCGUUUGGUGGGAGGUUCGCAGACUUCACAAAUGGACCUUCAAGCGGCAUUUGCCCGAUGAGCAUGGCAACGAGGCCUCAGACUGGCAUAUCGUUGCCAUGGACAAGCGUCGAUGGCGAAUGAUCCGCGACUGCGAGGAUGGACGACAGUUUUCUGCAAGCCCCACGGCGCACCUCAAAAUAAGGUCUGCCAAGCACGUCGCCAAAAACAGCACCCGAAAUCCACAGCGACGCAAGAUUGUGCAAGCGCUGACGCCGGAUGCCCUCAAUGUCCAGCUGUUGUUCAUGAUGCUGUGUUGUGGCGUAGGCCUUGCCGCAGGCGUUGAUAGCUGCCGCAGCAAUGGCCAAGAGACUCUCCUGCCACAGGAUACCGUGCGAGGUGCCAUACGCUUGAAGGAAGAUCUGGGUGUCACGUACGACGAGCGUGCACUGAUGCGGGACCAUGUCACAGAGAUGAAGUACGUGGGAUUUCUGUUCUUCGCCUUCCGACUGGCCGUGAAUAUCAAGGCCCUCUGGCGCAAUAUGAUGGUGGUCUGCGUGGAGGAUUUGCCACUGACAGUGGGGAGCGCAGCACGUGUACUGGAGGCAGGGAUCUUCCUGGAGCACCUUUGCAAGCUGCCCUGCGAAAUCUUGAGCUGUAUGUGCGGAAUUCAUGCCAGCCCUUCUCAGUGCGUUGGCACAGUGAAGACCCUGGCAGGCUUCUCAGCCAUGCGAUUUGUCAGGUUCUUGAACAAGCGGCACAUCUUCGGAGCGCUCCGUAAAAUUGCCGCAGAUCCCAAUAUUUUCAAGGGCUGUUACUUGGUGCUGAUCGGCGUCCUUUACUCCUUGGUGCUUGCUGGCUUCGGCCUGUCGGUGCUGCUGACGAAGCUACGCGGCCUGGACAUUCAAGCGAUGGAGUCUGCUGGUGUCCUUGGCCUCUUUCAGGCCGCCUGGGCAGCCCUGACCUCUCAUGGACUCUCCGCCUUCAUGGCCACAGACCUCAUGGAAUUGGUGGAGUUUACGAACCAGGUAGCUUCAGCCAUGAACAUCAAGGAGGAAGAGAUGCACAGCCUCCUUUCUUUCCUCCUCGGAGACAAGGACCACCAUCGGGCUCAAGCCUACAUGGACACCGUGAUGUCGAAUUUUCUGAAGCUGCCGCGCUGGAGCAGCCGACUGGUGGCCAUGAUCACCUUCGACGCAGAGGGCCUGCAGCGACUGGUGCGUGAAAGGAAUAUACCCUGA